AUACACAUUGUCGUCGAACGAAAAUGUCAAGACAGCCCAGAUAGCUACUCAGAGAUAAACUUUGAAGAAUACAAAUCGGUCCAGAGACCACAACAACACGAACCAGUAGUAGUACCUGACAAAGAGAUCAAUGAAAACAUUGCUAACGAUAUCGAUGGUCCUGAUCUGAUGAAUGUCAAUGACCAAGGUGAAGAAGAACUAAACGGAGAAGGUCGUCCCUACAAUGAAAUCGGAAACGUAAAUGGAGCAGUGCAAAACGCAGUGGCCAAGAAUGAAGACCAACCAUGGAAUGAUGAAAAUAUUGAGGACCCUUGGCCAACAUAA